CUAGUGCCAGCCCCCACUUCCUUUCUCCGUCUCUCUCUCUCUCACGCACAGAACACUUUAUCAAUAGCGGAACGAAAUGUCACAUUUUGGGAGAUCGGGUCCUCCAGAUAUCAGAGAUACCUACUCUCUUCUCGUACUCAACAUCACUUUCCGAACGACUGCAGAUGAUCUUUUCCCGCUCUUCGACAAGUAUGGCAAGGUCGUGGACAUCUUCAUCCCUCGUAAUCGAAGGACUGGAGAUUCUAGGGGUUUUCCAUUUGUGAGGUUUAAAUACGAGGAUGAGGCGCGAAAGGCCGUGGACAAGCUUGAUGGGAGAGUUGUGGAUGGAAGAGAGAUUAUGGUUCAAUUUGCAAAUUAUGGCCCAAAUGCCGAGCAAAUGUGAGUGGUUAAGUUGGAAUGUGGAUCCUUUUUUUGUCGUUGUUUUAUGGGUUUUCUUAUAUGAUUACUUUACAGUUGCUAAAGUGAGCAACUUAAUCUAAUUUUACACAGGCCAACUCAUAUAAGUUAAAGCUCCUUGGCUUGCAUAUGAAAUUAUGAUUUCUGGAAUGGAUGAUUGUGUUUCUGUAGUUUGGCUGUUAACCUAUACUGGAAUUUGUAUCAAUUAAACCUCGUUUGAAAGAGCUACAAAAUUGGACUAAGAAUAUAAUCGUCUUGUUCAUUGAUCGUACUUUAUUUCCACAUUUCGUUUAAUUUACUUCAAUCUAUGUUAGCUGGAAACUCAUAUUUUGUUU